AUGGUAUCUUCACCUCGAUCAUCAGAUUAUUCAUCUGAGAACCCAUUUGAGUAUUCAACAGCUAGACCACCAACCGGAUUUUCAGCAAUAAUACCAUCUCCUCAUCCGAAUCCACCUAGAGAACCCUUACCUACUAUCCCUCCUACACCUUCGACGACAACGACUGACAACCAGACAUCUUCCAAACAUUACAUUUAUCAUGACGAGCAUGAGUCGAAAUAUGGACCGGAUGAAGCUGAAGUGAAGGCUCUAGAUGAAUCCUAUCAUAGAUCGGACUGGAUGAGUACAGCCCAGACCACAAGUGAUUGGUCAAGAUCAUCUUAUAUACCAACUUCACGUCCUCCUCAAACUGGAAAAUCAUUUUUGACCCCUGGAUGGACAUCAAAGACAACUCCUAAAGUCCAAUUCGCAGAAGAACAGGAAUUAGCAUUUGAUAGUCCAAGUGAAUUUACACCUUUUCAAACUGCUAAGACUACUGCGUCACACGAGCACAACAGGCUCCCUAGAGGUAAACAAAGUAACAAGAAUGAGUGGAAUCACACAGAAGAUACAUUACCCUCUAUAAUUAGUUUCAGCAAUUUGACUAAUUCCAAACCAAAGAUAAGUAAUCCAUCUCAUUCAAUGUCUCCAUCGCAACGUUCUUCGCCGUCAUCGGUACCAAAACCACCAUCAAACCUUGUUCCACCAAGUGUUUCACCAAACAUGGUAACUAGAGAAGAUCAUGAUCCAUUUUCCGAUCCAAUGUCAUCGAAGAGCGAGAUACAUCAAAGAGUCGGUUAUUCAAUCUCCCGGUCUAAUACACCUGAAAGCAAUAUCGAUGCUCAACUUCGACUUCAAGACCGAGAUGCGAAGAAAAGUCGAAAUGAGACUCGCCCUAAAGCCAAUACACAGCAGACUACUUUACUUGAUCCGACAGACCAAAAUAGACUAGGUCGGAUGUCAGUUGCUCCUGCAAGAUACACUCUACCGCAUCCUAGAAGAGAUAAACAACUGAAAUACGAUUCAUCCCUUACUCAGCCUCCAUCUGCUAAUGCAAAGUCAAGUAAAAGAAGACAUGCCCUGGAUCAAGUUGAUAAGAAAGCUCACAAACCCCAAUCCAAUCAUAAAGUCGGCAUGGCGGUCAGAUCCAAGUUGUUAUGGUACCGGAUGAAGACAUCGAAGGUAGGCAAAUCCUACUUGACUUGGAGACCAUUCAUUUCACCUUGUUUAGCCUUGGUAUGCGCUUUGAUCUUAACCGUCUCCAACGGGAUCAGUACCAACUCGCUUAGCGUUUUCAUCAAAAUACCGAAAGAUGUGUUCAAUACGCCACGAACAGGCGCAGGGGAUGUACCGAUCGGUUUAGGUGCUUGGGGAUGGUGUCAAUUGAACAACGAUGAUAACACUAUCUGUCAGAGUUAUACCAAUUCUGAUUUCAUCAGCAAAAAUGGGAAUUUCACUAUUCCUGCAGACUCAUCGCUAGAUACGUUAUCUUCCCUUUUGACAGCUCUAACAAGUCUAACAUGGCUUCUAGCCACUUUUCAAAUCAUGACUGCUUUUUUACAUUUCUAUUUAUUUUUCGCAUUAUCCAUACCAUUUAAUCAUUUAGUAGAAUCAACCUUGCCUCGCCUGUCAACCGGUACUACGCAUGCCAACCAAAGCGAAAAGAAAGAUGAUGUAAUGCCUUACCACGGUACAUCAAGAGCCAAAUCAAAGCUGUCCUCUCUUCAACCGAAGAUUUCGGGAGAAGGAAAAGACCUCGUUGUAGCGGAAGUCGAUUUAAGAGUCAAGUGUGAGAGGAUACCUUAUGAAGGUUAUGAAUGGGUUUGGUGGGCUUGGUGGGGUCACAGAAGGUCACCAUUACAAUCGAUUUUUGCACAUUUAGUAGGUAUUCUGGGGUUAGCAACUUUCGCCGUCACAUGUAAACUUAAGAACGAGAUUACGCAUUCGACCAAUUCUGGUGACAUUGAAUUUGGGAACGGUGCAUAUAUGUCGUUGAUGACUGUUCUAUUCACUCUGGAUACAUUCAUUCUAUCUUUCAUAUACUUGUUCAACUUUAAGUCAAACUUCCAUAUUUUCCUGAACCCACCAUCUCCGUCACCGAGGGUGUUGCUACUUCCACCAUCUGAGAAACCAAUGCAACAUCAUCGACGAACAGGCUUAGCAUCAUUCUUUGCUCCUCAUUCCGCUCCAUUAGGUGGCAGAAGUUCCAACGGCAAGGCAAUUACGAACAGAUCUAGCAAAAGUAAUGCAGCUACCAGUACGGAUGGAAAUACAGAUACAUGGCUUGAAAAUACUCUUCCUACCAAGCCUGAACUGGAUGAAGAGACAGUCAGAUGGUUAUCACUAUAUCCACAAGACAUGGAAUUAGUUCCACUAAUAAGCGGUUUAAGAAUGGGUAAACGUACAAACAAAUCUGAUUUCUUACUGUCCGAAGUUGGUUUAUUGUACUUACGACCUGAUAAUGGUAUUCCCGAACAACAAGCGUUAUUAGUCCCUCCAAAGGGUGUCAUACGGAUUGAAUUGAUUCAAGAUGCUCAUUUUGAUGCACAUCCAGACUAUCCACCUAGUCUUGCAUCUGAAUUCCAAGAAGGUCAGAUAGCGCAUAAUAGAUUGGAGGUUAUGGUCGAUAUUCUAAGUAGUACUUUCUGGUGGAAUGGUAUGGCUAUAGAUUGCAAAGAAUUCGUGGAAAACUGUAAUACUUGUGUUGAAAGAUUGAAAGAUAAAGAAGGUAGUAUACUGUCUUUUCCUCAACUGAAAAAGAACAACAGACCCUCAUACUAA